GAGACACAACCGGAUGUACACGAAAGAAGUCGUCCGGCAGCUGAGAGGCCGUGAAGCCCUUCCAGCUAACGUCGUCAAAAACAGUCAAAACCUUCAUAUUCCAACUCCUGCUCCACACUGUGACCCGAUCACCACACAGACUAAAGAUGAUUAAAGCCAUCUUGAUAUUUAACAACCACGGGAAACCGCGGCUGAUCAGAUUCUAUCAGUAUUUUGCGGAGGACAUGCAGCAGCAGAUCAUUCGGGAGACUUUCCAUUUGGUGUCUAAAAGAGACGACAACGUCUGCAACUUCUUGGAGGGUGGGAGCCUCAUCGGUGGCUCCGACUACAAGCUGAUUUACCGGCACUACGCGACCCUCUACUUUGUCUUCUGUGUGGACUCGUCUGAGAGUGAGCUCGGCAUUCUGGACCUGAUCCAGGUGUUUGUGGAAACACUGGACAAAUGCUUUGAAAACGUCUGUGAACUGGACCUCAUAUUCCACAUGGACAAGGUCCAUUAUAUCUUGCAGGAGGUGGUGAUGGGAGGCAUGGUGCUGGAGACCAACAUGAAUGAGAUUGUAGCCCAGGUUGAAGUGCAGAACCGCAUGGAGAAGUCAGAGGGAGGUCUAUCGGCAGCCCCCGCUCGCGCUGUCUCUGCCGUGAAGAACAUGAACCUGCCCGAGAUUCCCCGCAACAUCAACAUCGGAGACAUCAAUAUCAAAGUGCCGAGCCUCUCCCCAUUCUGAGCGGCGCUCCAGCUGAGCUCUGCAGGGCUGAUGUACUACUGAUACUGUUCCCCUCCGCCCAGCUCUGCUGUUACUACAGAAAACAGUUUUAUAUAUGUAUUAUGGAACCACAGCAGCUUAUUCUCUCCCUCAUUCUUUUCACAUGAACGGGAGAUAGGCAGUGGAUUAUUUCUGAGUUCUGCUGUAUACAAUUUACAGAUUGCUCCAGUUGAAGGAUUUGCACAAUAAUGUAAAGUUUGACUCUAUAAAGCAUCUAGAGUAACAUUAAUAUCUAUAUAUUUUCUGCUAUUUCUUCCGCGUUUUUUAUUUUAUUUCUCCAGUUGAUUUCCUACUCUUUCCAAAUGAAUAAUGAACUGUGCUGGCCCAGUUUUUGUUUUACUGCUCAACUCUUUUAAAUCUCUUGACAUUCAUGAGCAGUUUGUCCCAUCCAAGGUUUGAAAAUGUUCCCUGUCUAGAGUGAGCUUUUGGACUCAGCACUGUUAUAGGAUCCCUUGGCUUCUGUAUUGGGCUGUAAUUACUCAAACACAUCUUUAUCUCCUGUUCCAAGUGUGUGUUCAUACGGACUGGGAUUAGACUCCUCCGCUUGGCUCUUGUCACAGUUUAUUUUUCCUUCUCUGUAAUAUAUUGUUGUCUCUGACAUCCUUGUGAUUUGUGAAUAUUAAUAUUGUCCUCCUGGGUGCAGAUUGUGCUCAGUAUGGCAAAUGUAAAGGCUGUUUAGUUCCAGCCAAGUUUUAAUGUGCUGUGUUAGUAUCUUGCCAACAUCUGUUCAGAGAGGCAGCAGACUAACUUCGACGUUUUCUGGCUCUUUAAGCGUUUGUAUGAAGUGUGUUUGUGUCUUACUGGCUGUAUUUAGUGGUCAUGAAAAAUCAGAAUCAGACUUUCAUUUAAGCCAUAUUCUGCUAGAGUUCUGUCGAGCCUCUCAAGGAAGUGAAUGUGUCCGUGUCAAAAUCAUUCCUUGCCAAGGUAAAUCAAAUAAAUGAAAAUGCAAAUCUC